UGCGCCGCGCUCAGCCGGCGUCGGACUCUCUUGCGGCGGCGGGAGGCAUUAGAGCGUGCGCUUCUCCGAGCGCCUCGUGCUCGCCGCGCUGUUGGUGAUUUGUGUUUUGUGUGCUCCACUUGUCUUCGCCCUUCUCUGUGGUGUUGGUUCGGGAUAGAAGUAGCCACGUCAUUUGACGCUGAGUCACGUCAUUCGGCGCGGAGUCAAGUCAUCCGUUUCGCGAUCUUUGGUGCGCGUGGCUCGUGGCGUCCGAGUACUGACGCCGCCCCGAAAAGAAACGCUUCGUCACCCUCCGGCUCUGACGCUGCUGCGCUAAGAUGUUUCGUUAUUGUUGAUACCGACUAGGAUGAAGUUGCUGCUCUGCCGUUAGCAGGGAGCGAGCGCAUCGGAAACUGUUCGCUUCAAGGACACUUCAACACCUUCUUUAAUGUGUUGACUCCGCAGGCAUGUGAAGACGACGUCUAGGCGUAUCUGUUGUCUACACAUUUCUAGCCUGGAAUCCACCGGGAAAGAAUAUCGGCAUGAGGAAGCGUCAGCGCUGCCUGUGCUGCCUAGUGCCGCACUUAACCACCGCUAUCGGCGGCUGAGCAACUGGACGGCAUGAGGCGAGGAUUUUUCAGAAUGGGGGUGCAGCAGCACCCGUGCUCGGUGGCGCAGCAUUCCCGAUGGUGCUGGCGCUGGCUGUCGGUGCGAGACCUGCUGCUGCUGCUCUGCUCGUUCGCCAUGCUGUCCGUGUACAUGAGCUACCGGCUGACCAGCCUGCACCUGCAGCCCAACCCGCAGGACACCGCGUCGGGGCUCAGUGAUGCUCUGCAAAGGAAUUCAGUGGACCAUGGCGGAAAUCAGCGCAACCCGAGAGAUGUUCAGCCGGCCAGAUCAACCACGCUCAACAACAGACUGCGCAAGAUGCUCGUCGAGCUGGAAGAUGAGCAUCUUCGUCCUCUGCGCGAGUCCACCCGAGUCGUCGUGGUUCGGGGUCACAAGGCGGCCAUCAGCCGGGACCUACCCCUCAUCAGCUCUGUCCUGGCCGAGCACGGGUGGCAGCUCAGGGCGCCCCCGUGGUUCCGCCGCUCUCCAGCGUCUCCGUUGGUGCCAAGCACUGGCGGCGGCAGUGCUCCGGCAAAUUCCGUCUCCGGACUUGCACCUGCGGCCGCUGCUGCUUCGUCACUGGCUAGGCUUAACAACACUACGGUCAACAGCGACGGAGGAAACACGCUGCAGCAGUCAUCCGAGUGGGUGUUGCUUUUGUGCCUGAGCUUCAAUGAUGGAGACAACGGAGCCUGCGUGGAGACCGCCGAGCUGUCGCAAUACCAAGCGGUGAACAAGAUCCCCGGCCUAAAGAACGUGCUCCUCAAGAAAGAUGCUUUCUGCAACACCAUGAAUGAUGCCAGGAAGAUACCAGGCGUGAUGAAGGCUUCGCUGGUUCCCCUGUGCUUCGUGCUUCCGAGCCAGUACCAGCAGUUCGUCAACGUGGCCGACGCCCUGGGUUACUCGGCCCACUGGCUGCUCACCCCGCUCGCACCCGGAGCCAAGGAGAGUGCUCCUGAGGCGCUGGACAUUUUCACUCCACUGGGCAGAGCUCGCAUCCAGCAAGCUUCGACGCGGCGCGCGGUGGUGCAGCAGGCCCUGUCGGCCCCCUUGCUGGUGCACGGGCAGCCGGUGAGCCUGCGUGUGUUCGUGCUCGUCACGUCGCUCUCUCCCCUGCGCGCCUACGUGCACACCGAGGGAAUGGUGCGCCUGAGGAGCUACCACGCGGGUCCCACCUCGGCGAAGCCUGGCAUGCGGGUGCAGCCCCUGUCUCGCUUCUGGCGAUUCGUGGAGCGCAACUACGGCCGCCAGUCUCUGCAGACAGCACUGGAGAGCCUCUCUGACGUGCUGGUGCGGACGCUGCUCGUGGCCGAGGCCGUGCUCCAGUCAACCCCGGCUGCGCAGGGACUACGCAGGUCCAGGCUUCCCAAGUGCUUCCAGCUGCUUGGCGUGGACCUGACCCUGAACACGUCCUUCCAACCGGUGGUGACCGAGAUGAACGGGCAGCCCAGCUUCUAUCGGAGCCCCAGGGCCGAGGACGAGCCAACCAACGGGCUCAAGCAGCGAGUGCUGGCCGACGCCCUGAAUCUCUUGUUCGGCGCCCGGCCCGUGGCCGACCAACUGGCCGAAGCUGUCGACGAGGUGUUCGAGAACCUCGGAAUCAUGGGUCUCAGCUGCCAGAUCUCCCACGACCUGUGCCUUAGUCGUGAAGACCUGGUCUUUCUCAUGGAUACGCGACGAGAGUCUAUGCAGACGGGAGGAUUUCAGCAGCUGUACCCAACGUACAAGAGCGGACAGUACAAAACCUUCAUCGACGAGCUAGAACAGCUUCACAUGGGAACUCUUGAAGCUGGGGGAGCGACCGAAGACAUACAAAGGAGUGGCAGCCAACACGGUACUGCCGACAUGCACCCGAUUGUGGUGGCGCUGCAGAGGCACUUCAACCGUCACGUGGCCGACGACAACUACUCCGACCUGGAGCCGGAGCCUAGCGACGUCUGGAAAGGGACCAACAGUUCUUCGGCGCAGCAUAAUGAGAAACACGAGGACGACUUCCUCAGCGGAAGUCAGGAUUUCUACGCCUCGAGUCAACCAACCUCGGCGAACGUCACUUGCAGCAAAGACCCGUCGACGAUGCCAUACCUGGCGCAAAUCGUGACCGAACCGUCGGUGCGCCUGCAGCCGGCUUUCAGGCCGCAGCGGACCGAGUACUUCGCCAACGUCUCGUACGACCUGGUCUUGGUCAAGGUGUGGGGACUGGCCCAGCACUGCGGCAGCCAAGUGCGCGUGGAUGACAAGUACGGCCCAGCAAGGCCGGCAAACUAUACCCUGGGCGUGGGUGAGAACAAGGUCGUGCUGUACGUGAUGGAUGGCGGCCAGCCCGACCCCUGGGUGGUCAACGCCUACACGCUGCUCAUCCGGCGCAUGCCUCUCGCAGACGACGCCGUGGUAUUCAGCCCUGCCGCUCAGCACCAAGUGUGCAGCCUCAAGCAGGAGUGCGAAAUGCAAGUCGCACCAGCGGAGCCGUGUGGUCUGUACAGCGAGACCUCUGUGGACUGGCCGAGCUACCUUGAAAAGGCGGCCCGACUACCUGUCUGCAAGGAUGGCAGCUCUCAAGGACGCUGGAUGGUGCCUUGUGAGAAGUGUGCCGCCAAGGAGUCCUGCUUCUGGAAGGAGGCCCGCUGGCAGCCCUAUCAGUGCCGAUAUGUGAACCUGCCGCAGAGGACGCUUGCGCGCUGCAUGUCUGGAAAGAAGUUGCUGUUCAUCGGCGACUCGACGAACCGGGGCAUGAUGCACUACGUGAUGGAGCGCCUCAACGGCUCCUUGCAGCACUGGGAUAAGACGCAUGACCUGCGCGUCUACGCCAACCUGAACCGCGGUGAGACGGCGGUGGCGUUCGCCUACUACCCGCAGUUCUGGCUGCCCACGAGUCAGCGGCCUGUCUUCGACAAGGCGCUCUACCAGCUUAUCGAGAGGUCAAAGCCACUCCAGAACAACUCUAACACUGUCCUCAUCGUGGGCGGCGUCCACUGGCUCGCGACUCAGCACCUUUACAUGCUGGUCAAGGCGCUACGUGGGGACCACCUUCAAGGAAUCAAGCUUAUUAUCAAGACUCUUGGAGCCGGAUUUCACCAGCCUGUUGAAGGAAUACACUGUCUGAGCAUGAAAGAACAGAAGAAGCUGAUGAUGCAGAACCUGUGGUUGGCCGAAUUUGCGCGCCACUACAACAUUGACGUCAUUGACACCUUCAACAUCACGGUGGCGCGCUACAAAGACUUCCUGCAAGGAAAAUGCGCUUGUCAUUUCCACAAGGUGGUCCCAGUGCAAGCGCCCAAGAACCGGCCGCCGGGCAAACCGCCGCCAGCGCCUUCGUUCCACGUAGAAGGCGACAUCAACGCCAUCUACAGCGAGAUCCUGCUCAACCGCAUAUGCGCCAAGCACGCCGAGGACAGCUGAUAGGCGCACUUGCUCCGAAUUGUGUGGCUUUGUGCUGUCAGGAUUGCUGGACGCUGAAUCCCGUUCGCUGGAGAAGCAAGGGCGCACCCAUACUGUUGGCACGCCGCGUACUGUAACCGACUCUCAGCCCCGUUCCACACUUCUUUAGUGAUUUCUCGUCUGCUGCCAAAGUGUUCGCGAUGACGCCACACCAGCAGAACAAAAACAAGGCUUUCAAAAGCUCGAGAGCCAGCGCAGGUUGCCGUCGACGAUGUUUGCUGUUCCUUUCAUCGUUCGCGAAACACACAUCUGGAAGGCAGUAUGGUGGCACCACUUGACCACAAGUGGUCAGUGGCCGAAUUCACGAGGCUUUGGAUUGGUAAGAGCUGUUCUAGAUUGGUUGCUGUUGUAACUAAAUACAUGCUCAUUAUCGCCAUAGGCCGGCUUUCUGUUUUUACAAACCACUCCAACUUACGAAUUGCUUCGUGAAAAUCGGUCCGGGAGCGAAUUAUUUCUCUUUAUGCGUAGAGGGCAAGCGACAGGCUCACUCGAUUGAUUGCUUGCUUGCUACAUUUAGCACUUGUUCGAAUCACCGGAGUGGUUGGUUGCCUAAUGCAAGCGAAUUGGCGGCAUCUGCGUCACAGUUAGCGAAUGGGUCUCGUUGGUUGGCUUGGUUCGACGCUGUUAACACCAGAUAAGUCUGAGCUACGCAAACCGCGCAAACAGCUUGCAAUAAACGGGAACCACUAGUUUCAGGCGUGCCGGAAGAAGGGAAAUAGAAUUAAAUGCGCAGCGUAAUAGCCUGUGACGUACAGUUGCAUGCAAACAGAAAGGCCCGGCAAAGUAAACGAGCUGACAAGGUCAAGACAAAACGGGUGCGCAGAGCCACUGACGCUUCGAAGUUAAGCUUAUGCAGGCGCCCAAGAAGUUUCCCGAAACAACCGUAUCUAAUAGGUCUAUUGUUAAAUGAAGCGAAGGCUUCUCGAAGAGUAAGGGAAAAAACGUAAAGAAGGUGCAGUAUAUUUCACAUGCAAGAAUUGACUCGUGGACUAGGUGGAUUAUGGCUACUGAAAAAAAAAAAAGCAGUGCCAGGAGCAGUACAUAGUGCUGUGUCUGUGUGCUCAUUCCUAUCCUGUUACAUCUUCUAGCGCUGCUUGUUCUGUGAUUAUUUCGACUGAUUACUGCCCCCUUUCUUUCUGUCGCUACAAUGCAUCCAACUAGUGAGGUGUUGCGAAGCCCCACGUGUUCGGCUAGACACCUGUCUUUGUUCCGGUGGUGUGGCGAUGCUCGGGCUGUAAUAUCCAGCCCAGUCCAAUACGUAAGCCAAAGUAUCUGCUUUUUAUAAAGCUGCUCGCCUUUUUCCACUCACCGCACCAUUAUUGAGACCUAGGGAAAACAAUGUGUGCCCGAUGUCCGUAGCGCUGCACUUACCACCUGAAUAUUUAGCGGUGUAACAAACUGUAGAACGUACCGCGCAUUUGCGAUUGUGGUAUUAUAAGAACCUUCAUCGUGUUUUUUCUUCAUUGAAGUUCUCGAAUGUGAAGUGACGCAAUGUUAACAAAACUUUUGAAAUCUGCUGAUGACAUUCUAAUACAAGAUGCCUCUUCCUACGCGAAAAUAAUGUGGGGUAUGUUUGUUCAAGUCGGUAAAUGUUUUGCAGGGUGGAUUGUAGAGCACGCCUUAGCACAGCGUAAUGCUUUAAAAUUUGGACCUGGUGACAACCAUAGAAGGUAGAAUGUCAUAGUAUUCACACUGCCUAGAAUAUUUCAGACUUGUUGCAUAGCUGAAAAGGGUUGUUUUUUUUUCGUUCAAAAAUUUUAUCGGCAUAUGUCAACGUAUGAUUGGAGCAUACUCAGUAGAACGUGCCAGAAAACUCCGCAGCAAAAUAAUAGUAUGACACCAGUAGGUGGUCGUCUGCCAUCCUUUUGCCCACAUGAGGUGUUAUUGCAUACUGUGUUUGUGGACCAGAAAAUAAUUGAGCAACAAAUGGACUGCGGUGUCCUCACGCAUGAGCGGCAACCCCGCACUGCACGCGGUUGAAACUGCAGAUGGCUCUGACGAUAUGAUUUUAGCAGAAAUGGUAUCAUUGCACAGUGUUAUACCUGAGAAGUAUGGGUGUCUUCGCAAUCAAAAGCAUUCGAGUGGCUGACAGCGAGUGUGACGUCACAUUUGUGCGAGCGUUAUAGUGACGUUGCGAUAGUACAUAGUUUAGACGUAGACUGCGAAGAACAUAGCAAAUGAGCUCUGGGGAAGUCCGUUUGGGGGAGGAUAUUAAUCGAAAUUGUAAGAUUGCCAUGCGCACGAGAGUGGCAAGAAGCUGCAGAGGGAAACCAUACGAGUUUCUUAGAUAGCACCGCAGUUGAAUAAGAAAUUCGUCCUGGUCCUGGGAUCGAACCCUGGACCAACGCCUUUCCUGAGCGGUUGCUCGACCGUACGAGCUGAGAAAAAGUAUAGCAGAUGACUAUACCAGGUAGACUUAGAUAAGUGGAAGCACAGGGAUAUUGAAUAUGACAUAGUAGUACCGUGCAGAAAGAUCGAAUAUGACAAAUGACUCCUGCGUAAAUCCACAAGGUUCCUUCUAAGAAACCCGCAUGGGCUUUCUUCGUUGGGAGGGAGAGAGGGUGGAAGACAAUUUUGUCAUUUUUCUGUACAGAACAUUUCUUAUUUCUUUCACUGGCGUCCGGAGGGCCUCAGCGCCCGUAUUCAUAAGAAUGUUUUUACGGUAGAAUUGUUUGUAACGACAAAUUCUAGCUAAUUGUAUUGCUUGAAGUAAUAUUAGUGAAGGGGGCCAACCUAUGGCAAAGAGUACUUACCAGCGAAAACAGUUGUGAAUACGGCCCCUGAAUUGGAGCGCCGUGGGAAGCAAUCGUUAUCAGAAACCGCACAGCAAGUUAGGAUUGUUGUUGAACAGCUUAUACUGAACAAUCUUGCAAAUGAUAAUCAUCAUCAAUCAUUUUCUUUGGUAUUUGCAUGACGAAACAGAGUAUGCAAAGUAGGUACAAUCCGAGAACAUACUCGUAAAUUAACCCUAGGUGACGGAUGCAUUUUGUUCGAAACAUGUUUUUCGCCUGACUUUUUUCAUAAACUCAUUCUAGGAAACUUAUAUGGAUAGAGUACACGUACGUGAAUCAGAAAAGGAACACUUUUAGGCGAGCUCAUAGUGUCGUUUGUGUAAUUAACAUAUUACCCAAUAAACUGUUUCUGUGCUGAAUAUAAAAAGGCAGAUAGAAUGUAGUCACCCAGAAUACUUACAUCAGCCAACUGAAACACUGUUGAUAACACGCGGGCAUGACUGUAGCUUUUCAGUUGUCGCUGAUACUUUUGAAUAUCACUGUCGCUCCUUUGACUCAACAAACAUGUGUGACAAGUCAUCGCAGAGGCGAGCUAUAAGAACGGUAAUCAAAAAUAGAAUUGUCAACUUUGACGAAAUCGUCACACUAAGCGGUCGUAUUGGAUUUUCGCGAGCAUUUGGAAGCUCAUCAGCGAACACUCAUUUGCAUGAUAAUGGCGAUGUUUUACCAAGUUUAGCAACGUAUUGUAGCUGAAACCUUUGCGAUGACCUGAAGUUGCCGUGUAUAACAAAGGAAGCAUAUGUGAGGUUGACUCACUAUUACAAAAGAGUAUUGAAUAAUAGCGAGAAAGGUGGCUGAUCGCACGCUGCUGUUUGAAGCCAAGCACCGUCCUGCCGCCCUUACCGGAGAAAUCAAAGCCAAUUAUUUGAGAAGCGAUUGAAAGCUUGUGUAGUAGAAAUGUAUGUAUCAGCGACAUUUCUUUUUUAAUCUUAGGAGGUGGGCACUUCAUAGGUCGAUGCAUCUUUCAUGUUGCCGAAAUGUUUGAGAAAUGGUAUGAGCGCUGCUAUGAUGGCAUGUGGUCGGAGCCUAGCUGAAAGGACAUCUAUUUUUGUCUACGAAACAAUAAUCCGCUGUUAAUAAAGACGAUGUUACCAAAAGC